UCUCACUUCACACACACACACACACGCGCGCGCAUAGAGAGAGACACGGAAGAGAGAUCAUCCUCACUUCUCACUUCCUCUGCUCCACUGCAGCUGGUCCUCUCCACCUCCAAGGAUAUAUGGCCUAGUCGCCAAGAUGUUCACAAACACUGGAGAGAGGAUGGAAAUGACUCAAAUGAGACGUGAAGGUGAUGAUGUGAUAGAUCUCUACAAGGCAACCGGAAGUGGAUGUAGAGAUGAUACAACAAUGGAAAUAACAAAUGAAGGAGGAGAUGAUAUUGUUCAUCUCUACAACGCAUCAGCGAGUGGUUGUACAACCACAUUGAAAAGCCUGAUUGAUAAAGACCCACGAAUCCUCUAUAAAAUUUCUUUGACCUCUUUCAGUGAAACCCCAUUACACAUAUCAGCUCUGCUUGGCCAUCUUGAUUUCACUAGAAUUCUUUUAGCUCAAAAUCCUCACCUUGCUGUUGAGUUGGACUCCCAUAAACGUUGCUCUCUUCACUUGGCUUCUGCUGAGGGCCACAUAGAGAUUGUCAAAGAAUUGUUACAUGCAAAUGAAGAUACAUGCUCGAUUUAUGAUGAAGAUGGCAAAAUUCCUCUCCAUUAUGCAGCCAUGAGAGGACGGAUUGAGGUUGUGAAGGCGUUAAUUGCAGUGCGGCCUGACUCAACUCGGGUUAUGCUCAAUUGGAAAGAGACUACUUUGCACUUAUGUGUUAAAUAUAACCAAUUGGAGGCUCUUAAACUAUUGGUUGACUCUGUAAGUGAUGAAGGAGAAUUUCUCAAUUUCAAAGAUCAUGAAGGCGGCAACACCAUCUUGCAUUUAGCUGUGAUGCUAAGGCAAAUUGAGACAGUAAAAUAUUUGCUUUCAGUGUCUAAAGUGGGAGAAGAAGUAGAUUCCCUAAACUACAUGGGUUUUACAGCCUUACAAAUGUUGGAGCAGAACUGUCCAAAAGAUUUCAAAAGCUUCACCAUUAGAAAUAUUUUAAUGGAUGUAGGUGCUAGAGUUGAAAGAGUGAAUAAUCUCUCACCAUUAUCGGCAGUUGCUGUUGGUCAUCAUGAAUCAGUAGAACCAAUACCGUUAAGGAAGAAUUGGUUAAAGUAUUUGAAAUACCAGGGUGAUUGGGUAGAAGAUAAUCGUGGCGCAAUAAUGGUGGUGGCUACUGUGAUUACAACUAUCGCUUUCCAAAAUAUAGCUAAACCCCCAGGCGGUGUUUGGCAAGCAAACACUACCGAUUUUACUGAUAGUAAAGGGAAUCCUGUAUGCACCCCACGUAAUCCAUGUUAUGCUGGAAACUCAGUGUUUGCCUAUGGGGGUACUACGAAUAUGAGAUACCUUUAUUUCUCAAUUAGCAAUACUAUCUCUUUCGUUGCAUCUCUCAGUGUCACCUUCUUGCUUAUUAGUGGAUUCCCAAUCAAGAAUAAAGUUUGUGUCCCUCCUGACAUUUGCUCUAUGUACAACUCUCAUAUCACUGGCUGUAUCCUAUUUAGUUGCAUUCUACAUGGUGACCCCGGACACACUGUUUGAAGAAGAGAUGUCGACCUUUUUCGUACAAAGAUGUGUUAUGGGUAGUCUGAUUGCUGUGAUUUCUAUGGUGAUUCUGACUCAUGCAAUCCGUUUUCUCUCUUGGUUGGUUAAGCGAUAAAAGUAAGGAAAACAUCAUUGGCCCAACAUGGCAUGAAGAAAUUUGUGAACACAAUUUUCGUUCUAAGAUUUUUGUCAAAAUUCUGAUAUGAUAGACAGUCAUUCACAAUUUGUU